CCGACACCUAUUUCACAGCUACAAAUACCCUCUCCCCUUCCGUUAGUUCCAUCACAGACAAAUGUACAAUCGAUCCAAAAUAUGAAUUUCACCCUGAAUUUUAGUCCUUCCUCUUGGACUUCCUAAAGACCCUUUCUCACAACAAAUCCAACAACCCUUUUCCCUCCUUUUUCCCUUUUCAAGUCCACCCCAGAUCUACAAAAAAUUCCCAACUCCUCCAAGAAAGGGUUGAAUUCUUGGAGGAAAAAAAUGUCAACACUGGUGGCAAAUUUUAACUUAGGUGGUGAAGAGGUAAAGAAACCUUUGGACUCUAAAGUAGAAUCUGAUAUGGUUUCCAAGAACUUGAGCAAUGGCAAUCUUGAUAGCUCCCAGAAUAGUCUGCAAUCAAAGCCAUUCAGGAUCUUCAUCGGGUAUGAUCCCCGUGAGGAUAUUGCUUAUGAAGUUUGUAAGUACUCAUUGCUGAAGAGAUCUUCAAUUCCUAUUGAGAUCACCCCAAUUAAGCAAUCUGAAAUAAGGGAAAAGGGUCUUUAUUGGCGUGAACGAGGAAAAUUAGAGAGCACUGAAUUUUCAUUUUCGCGUUUUUUGACUCCUCUUUUGGCUAAUUAUGAAGGUUGGGCCAUGUUUGUUGAUUGCGAUUUUCUGUAUCUUGGUGAUAUAAAGGAGUUAACUGAUUUGGUUGAUGAUAAGUAUGCAAUAAUGUGUGUGCAACAUGAUUACACCCCUAAAGAAACAAUAAAAAUGGAUGGUUCUGUGCAGACGGUUUAUCCGAGGAAGAAUUGGUCUUCCAUGGUUUUGUACAAUUGUGGGCAUCCUAAAAACAAGGUCUUGACUCCUGAGGUUGUGAAUUCUGAGUCAGGGGCGUUUCUGCAUAGGUUUCAGUGGUUGGAGGAUGAUGACAUUGGGGAGAUUCCCUUUGUGUGGAAUUUUCUAGUGGGCCAUAACAGGGUUGUUGAGGGUGAUCCGAGCACAUUCCCUAGGGCAAUACACUAUACAUCAGGAGGACCAUGGUUUGAGGCAUGGAAGGAUUGUGAGUUUGGAGACCUGUGGUUGAAAGAGCUUGAGGAGUACAAAGAAGCGAAAGACAAAAGUUUAGUUUAGCUUAUUCUUUGCCAAGGAAGUAGCUUAAAUUGUACUGGAUGCCAUAGUUGAUUGAACUGUUUUUUUUUUUGUGGCAUUUAUUUUAUCGAUUCUUAUAUGAUUGUUGUUCUGCCUAUUGAUGGGCACUAGUUACAUAGAUUACUGGCUUCUGCCAGUUGGAUGUACCAUAUGUAUCGCCCUGCUUGUAGCAGUGUUCUAAAGCAGUGUAAUGUAACUUUUCUCAUAAUGAUUAGAUGUGGUGGAAUAUGCACAAGUUUGAUGUC